GAUGUCAUCAUGGAGCGCCGCCGGGGCUGUCCAGCAGGGGUCGCUGGUGUGAGCAAAGUUUCAUAAGCAGCAGAGCAGGCAGAGAGAGGAGCAGGGAAGUUACCAUAAUGUCACUAACUGGAAGUUCAUUGCGCCUGUUAAGAAGUGUGAGACAUGGCAUCCAGGUGUGUGCGGUAAGGGCGCAGGGCACCGCCGCCAAGCAGAAAGAUGCCAGCGUACAGAAGGAAAAGAAAAGCGCAAAACCCCAGGCGCUCUUUGAUUGGCGGGACGCUCUCUGUCUGGACUCCCAGCUGACAGAAGAUGAGAUCAUGAUUAGAGACAGCUUCCGAUCUUACUGCCAGGAGAAGCUGAUGCCCAGAAUCCUCAUGGCUAACCGGCAGGAAGCAUUUGACCGGGAGAUUAUAUCCGAGCUGGGAGAACUCGGUGUCCUGGGAUCUACUAUUAAAGGUUACGGUUGUGCCGGGACUUCCUACGUGGCAUAUGGACUCUUGGCGAGGGAGGUGGAGAGGGUGGACAGCAGCUAUCGCUCAGUGAUGAGUGUCCAGUCCUCGUUGGUUAUGCAUCCGAUCGCCGCCUAUGGGUCAGAGGAACAGAAACAGAAAUUUCUGCCCGGAUUGGCCAGAGGAGAGUUGUUGGGCUGUUUUGGCCUCACCGAGCCCAAUCAUGGCAGUGACCCGGGUGGAAUGGAGACCAGAGCACGAUACAACCCGACCAGCAAAACCUACACACUUAACGGAUCCAAAACCUGGAUCACCAAUUCCCCCAUUGCAGACCUGUGUGUGGUGUGGGCAGUGUGUGAAGAUGGCAAAGUUCGCGGCUUCUUAAUAGAGAGAGGAACAAAGGGUCUGUCCACCCCCAAAAUUGAGGGGAAGUUUUCUCUGAGGGCUUCUGCCACUGGAAUGAUUCUGAUGGAUGACGUGGAAAUACCGGAGGAAAACCUUCUGCCCAAUGUGUCUGGGAUGGGGGGGCCAUUUGGGUGUCUGAAUAACGCCCGAUAUGGAAUAGCUUGGGGUGCUCUGGGUGCUGCGGAGUUCUGCUUCCAUACAGCCAGACAGUACACGCUGGACAGAAUUCAGUUUGGUGUUCCGCUCGCCAGGAACCAGCUGAUUCAGAAGAAGCUGGCGGAUAUGCUGACGGAGAUCACCAUCGGUCUGCAGGCCUGCCUACAGUUGGGGAGACUGAAAGACGAGGACAAAGCUGCUCCAGAAAUGAUCUCUCUUCUGAAGAGGAACUCGUGUGGAAAGUCCUUGGAUAUCGCUCGUCAGGCUCGGGACAUGCUUGGCGGUAAUGGGAUUUGUGACGAGUAUCACAUAAUCAGACACGUUAUGAACCUGGAGGCUGUGAACACGUAUGAAGGUACACACGACGUCCACGCCUUGAUCCUGGGACGCGCUAUAACGGGUUUACAGUCUUUUACUGUCAACAAAUAACGAAUCCUAAACAAUCAGCCUGAUUUUUUUUUUUUUUAGAAAGUUAAUGAAUAUAUUUCUAAGCUGCCAGCCAGAACUCUUGUCAUUAGUUAAUAAAGCUACAUACAUUCAAAGUACAGCAAGAUUUCCAAUGGACUUUGCCACACUACAUAUUUGAAAAUGCGGUUUAUAUCCCAAUUGUGAUUCACGGACACAAUUAAUAUUACUUUUGUUGAUUCCAGUUGUUACUGAACUAGAACUUAAAACUCUCUGUAAAAACGAUCAAAAUAUGUCUUUUUGUUCAAAGUCUAUCAUCAAAAUAAAACAAAAUUUUUGUAAGACA